UGACGCCUGAGAAGAAAGGACCAUCGAAGAAACCCACAAAGGGCGGCCACGAGGCCGAUAGUGUUGGGCAAAAGAACCUUUCAAAGAAAAAGCUAUCGUUCCGGGUUACAACUCCAACUCGUCGUGUGACUCGCAGCGCAAAAAAGGCACAUGGAAGUGUGAAGAAACAAACUGUGCAAGUGGCGGUAUCUUCAUCGGAAAGUGAUAGUUCUAGUGAGGAAGAAGAAGAAGUAGAACCAACAAGUGUGGACGUGCAACCAACUAAGGAACAAAGGCGUGCUCGACACGGCAUUUCUCAGAAGCUUCCUGAGUUCAAUGGCAAACCACAGGAUUGGCCAAGAUUCUACGGCGCCUUUCUAGCCUCGAACAAAUCGUGUGGCUUCACGAAUAACGAGAAUCUUGUGCGGCUUCAAGAAUGCCUGAAAGGACCUGCCUUAGAACUGGUUCGCGGAAGGUUGAUAACGGCGGAAUCCGUUCCGCGAGUGAUCGAGAAGCUGGUGCAAGUGUACGGAAGACCUGAGCUUAUCUUGCAUAGCUUGUUAAAGAAAGUUCGUGAAGUAAAGGCUCCGAAGGCGUCGGAUCUAACCAGCUUCCUGCCGUUUAGCAACGCCGUCGAAGAGUUGUGUGAACAUCUCGAAGCAGCCCAGUUGAAAGACCAUCUACACAACCCGUUGCUUAUUCAGGAGCUGGUCGAUAAGCUCCCAGACGCAGACAAGCGGGCCUGGUCACGAUUUAAGAGAGGUCAUGGAUCCGUAUCGCUGCGAACGCUAACCGACUUCCUUGACGAGGUGGUGACCGAAGUUCUCGACACCACUUUGGAUCUCGGUAACUACAUGCCCCUAUCAUCGCAACCAAAGGACACUCGCAGAAGGGAAACGGUAGGCCAUCAUCAGACAACGCCAGCACAACAAGGGAGAAAGCCAUGCCUUGCAUGUGAAGCAACGGAUCAUCGUCUACGCAAUUGCACGGUGUUUAAGGAGUGGACAACAAGACAGCGGCAAGACUUUGUGGCGAAGUACAGUCUGUGUAGAUUGUGUCUCAACGGACAUCAAGGAAGGUGCUUCGCACCAAAGAGAUGCAACGUAGGUGAUUGCGACCAAAUGCACCACCCCCUUCUACACGAUCAGGAGCGUCUAUAACGCUGGUAGAGCGUCAAUUGGUGGAGCGUCUCGGAGCUGGCGGCGUUCCUGAGAAGCUCACCCUGCGAUGGACUGCUGGCAUUGAGAGAGUAGAGGACAAAUCGCAAAGGCUGAAUCUGACAAUAUCAUCUGUAGGCUCAGCAAAGCAAGAGACGCUAAAAGACGCACGAACGGUUGAAAGGCUAGAGCUACCACAUCAAAGUGUAGAUCGGGAAAAAUUGAAAGAACGGUACGCGCAUUUAAGAAAAAUUCCCAUCGAAUCAUACCAAGGCAGACCCGAGAUCAUGGUGGGACUCAACAACAUCCAUUUGUUCACGCCCUUAGAAGUAGUCUCCGGAGAGGAAAGCGAUCCUAUUGCUGUGAAAACGAAGUUGGGUUGGUCUGUUUACGGGUAUACAAAGUCUGGUGCGACCAAAAACAACAUCGGGUAUCAUAGCGUGACCAAUGAAGACCUUGAUUUGCUAAUAAGAGAACAUUACAAGCUGGAAGAAUCUGUGAUAACGAUACCAAAUGACUCUGCCGAGAACAAAAGAGCUAAGGAGUUGCUAGAAGAAACAACGAAACGAGUGGGUGAACGAUUUGAGACCGGCCUAUUGUGGAAAGAAAAUGAACGCAGUUUUCCUGAAAGCUACUCCAUGGCAGUGAGACGUUUUAAGCAACUCGAAACGAAGCUGAAGAAAACCCCUGAGCUACACAACAACUUAUGCCAGCAAAUCGAAGAGUAUCAGAGAAAGGGUUAUGCACAUCGUAUUACACCAGAAGAGUUGCGUGAUACUCCGUCCAAAAACGUCUGGUAUUUGCCGAUCAACGUAGUGGUGAAUCCCAAGAAACCUGGCAAGGUGAGAGUCGUAUGGGAUGCAGCUGCAACCGUGAAAGGAGUAUCUCUAAACACCGAGUUGCUUAAAGGUCCUGAUCUACUCGUGCCGCUUAUGCAGGUUAUCACAGGUUUCCGGGAAAAGAGAAUUGCGUUUGGCGGAGACUUGCGUGAAAUGUUUCACCAGAUUCAGAUACGCUCGGAGGACAAGCAGUCUCAAAGAUUUGUGUUCAGAAAAUCUCCAAACGAGCCCUUUGGUAUUUAUGUGAUGGACGUAGCCACCUUCGGUGCGACAUGUUCCCCUUGCUCAGCGCAAUUUGUGAAGAAUAGAAAUGCCUGUGAGUAUCAAGAUUAAUUUCCCCAAGCGGCAGAAGCGAUAAUAAAGCGUCACUAUGUAGACGACUACUUUGACAGUACCGAUACGGUAGAGAAAGCGCUGAAACUAGCAAAAGAAGUCACCCUGGUGCAUCGUAAAGGAGGCUUUGAAAUCCGUAACUGGGUUUCCAACUCGAAAGAAUUCCUGGAACAGCUUGGCGAGAACACGGACGUGGGCCCAAUACACUUCAACAAAGACAAAGAGACAUUGCACGAAAGAGUGUUAGGUGUUAUAUGGGACCCUACAGAGGAUAUGCUUUCCUUCUCAACAUCGAUGCGAGACAGUUUAAGGCCAUACGUUGAGGAUGGUGUAACGCCUACGAAGAGAAUUGUUACCAGUUGUGUUAUGGGAUUGUACGAUCCUCUUGGUCUGAUCUCGCCGUUCACCAUCCACGGCAAGAUUCUUAUUCAACAUCUCUGGAGGUCAAAAUGUGAUUGGGAUGAUGAGAUAAAUAAGGAGGCGGUAAUAUUGUGGCACAGAUGGAUAGAGCUUCUCGAGAACAUAAAAACUAUACGAAUACCUCGAUGCUACCUUGACACAACACAUUCAGAUGCCAUAGAAUCGGUUGAACUCCAUGUAUUUACUGACGCCAGUGAACACGCAUACGGGUGUGUAGCGUAUCUCCGAAUACAGGCUGAAGGCACAGUACGUUGCAAACUC